UUUCAAUAACAUGGGGACCCUCAAUUUGAUUUUUUCCACAAUAAAUCACCUGUACGUAGGGUUUCGGCGUCGGGGCCAUCUCCACCUCCACCGCAGGGUUGCCCUUCAGGCCCUUUUUCUCAAAGCCUUCAAUAAACAAUGUUGGCUGCUAAAACUCUUCCUCUGAUUUCUCCUCUGUCGACCUCUUCAAAAAUCUCUGAUGAUUUUUCAAUUUCAUUCAAGAACUUCGUUCCGGUCACGAAACGCAUUGGAAAAAGCAAAAUCACAUGUCUCAGUUCAUCUUCAGAAUCGGUAAUUGCCCCGGAAAUAGAUACCCAAUCCACCCCAGCUCAAACUCGGGUCAAGAUUUUAUCUGAAGCACUACCCUUUAUUCAGAAAUUCCGUGGCAAGACUAUAGUAGUUAAAUAUGGAGGAGCUGCAAUGAAGUCCGAGGCACUCCUGGCUUCUGUAAUUGCUGACAUUGUCCUCCUCUCAUGUGUUGGCCUUCGCAUUGUCUUUGUGCAUGGUGGUGGGCCAGAGAUCAACCAGUGGCUGGGAAAACUCAGCAUCAAGCCCAAUUUCCUCAAUGGCCUUAGAGUCACCGAUGCCUCCACUAUGGAAAUUGUGUCCAUGGUGUUGGUUGGUAAAGUGAAUAAAAAUCUCGUUGCUUUGAUCAAUAAAGCUGGUGCAACUGCAGUCGGCUUAUCUGGAAUUGAUGGUCGGAUUUUAACUGCCCGGCCAUCUCCCAAUGCUGCACAGCUUGGGUUUGUGGGGGACAUUGCCAGUGUUGACCCCUCUAUAAUCCUGCCGCUUGUGGAUAAUAACCAUAUACCAGUGAUUGCCUCUGUAGCAGCUGAUGCAACGGGGAAGGCAUAUAAUAUUAAUGCAGACACUGCAGCUGGCGAGCUUGCAGCAGCUUUGGGUGCGGAGAAGUUGAUUCUACUGACAGACGUGGCGGGGAUACUUGAGGAUCGUGAUGAUCCAGGGAGCUUGGUAAAGGAGAUUGAUAUCAAAGGGGUGAAGAAGAUGGUGUUGGACGGGACGAUUGCAGCUGGGAUGAUCCCCAAGGUGAACUGCUGUGUGAGGUCCCUGGCUCAAGGUGUUAGGACAGCUAGUAUUAUAGAUGGGCGGCUGGAGCAUUCACUACUUCUUGAGAUUCUCACUGAUGAAGGGGCUGGAACGAUGAUCACUGGGUAAACUACUGUCCAUAAGUUGUAUGCAUUUAGAUUCUCAAAAAAUAAACUCCUUUGGCUAUUUAGUUUUGCUCGUAAGUUGACAGUAAAUCACCCUUUCUGUAACUUAGUCAUCCAUUCUUGUACCUGAGCCUGAACAUGUAAUCUUUGAGUAUGCUAUUCUUAAGAAACUAUUAGCCUCUGAAUUGCUUUAAUGAUGAGCAUUCCUUUAUGGUAUAUGGUACCCAUAUUUAUUC